GAUAAGAUUGUUGAGAGCACAUUUCCACUUGGCACCCACGCUCACCCAUUGUCUUAGUGCGACUGUGCUUCCUGAAUGUGGUCGUGAAGAGUCCAGCCAUUGUCACGUUGAAUGAUAUCGCAGCCCCGUUUACUGAGAAGACCAAAUACGAUCGAAUAUAAAUUGCUCGCCCUUCGGCUCAACGUCAAGAAGAUUGCGGAGGAUACUCACUAUGGCGUCCCUUUGGAUUGCGACACUCCUGUUCGCCGUAUGUCUGGCUUCAGCUGCAGAUGUCACGUUAGAAGAAGACGUUAGAAAUAGAUCUUCCCCGGCUGUGCCUAUCCUCAAGAGGCUCAAGAGAUCGACCUGCUGGGAUACAGAAAUGAGUUGGCACGUGAAAGGGAUUCGCGAAAUGAUAAGUGAGGCCUACAGCUCUGGAAAGGUCGACAAGUUCAGCGAUGACUUUACGCUGAACGGGCACUACGCACACCUAAAUUUUAAAGUGGCUCGCCAUGAUGGAGAACUAUGGCUGGAACUGUACCUUGGCUUCUGCAAGGGUUUCGUUGACCAGCGCCUCGUAUGGCCCUUCCGGACUCCCUACACUCUAACUAUCUUCCAUCCAAUGGACAAGACAUUGGACAUCUCGAACACCAUCUCGUCAUUCUCAUCUGCAAUGUUCGUUUCCUUCAAGAGACCAAGAGACGGCUGCAACAAGUCAUGGGGAUUCCCUAAGAUGCUACGAGUAUCAGAAGUUGAAAAACAAGGAUACAUAGUGGACAAUGCUAUCUCUGUUGGUGUUAAGCUCAAUCCGUAAAUUGGGAUUAAUAUGAUGAUUCCCCGUCUGUUUGCGCCAUUAUGCGCUAGUCGUUCUCUGUACGCGUACAUACAUGCAAUUGGGUCCACGAAGCAAGUGAUGACUGCGCAGGUGGUAAUCAAAUAGUUGGGAAGUUAAAAUCGUGACAUUUGCUUUCAUGUUUCAUCAGACAUUUCGAUGUGCUGUGUAAAGCUACACGCACUUUCUAUGCUGGACUUGGUAACGUCUCCCUUAGAGUCGUCGAACGGUUUGCCUUUCGGGAGCUCCUUCUGGAAAGUAUUAUGUCCUGUGUAACGAAUUGUCUGUAAAUGGUUAAUAAAGGUGAUAUUUUAAAGAGUG